CGCAUGCGCGGCUGUCCGGGGGGCUGCCGCUGCCUCCACAGCCCCGCCGCCCGCCCUGGCGGCCAUGUCCGAGGCGUAUUUCCCCGUGGGUCCCGGGCUGGGCCUCGAGGAGAACUUCUUGUCACUGGACGACAUCCUCAUGUCGCAGGAGAAGCUGCCGGGCCGCGCCGAGAGCAGCCUGCCCCGCCUGGCCUUCGCGCUGGGCCAAGGCGCCGCCGGCGGCUCGGGAGACUCGAUCCCGGAGGGCUCGAAGCUGGAAAUACCGAUGUGGCUGGCUAAAGGGCUGCACGACAGCAAGAGGAGGAUAAUUUCGGUGGAGCUGCCAAAGAUCUACAAGGAAGCCUGGAGGACGGUGUUCAGCGCGGACGCCAACGUGGUGGAUUUGCACAAAAUGGGGCCCUACUACUACAGCUUCGGCUCCCAGCUCCUCAACUUUGACAACCCGGAGAACCCCGAGAUAGCUCAGACUAUCCUGCAGACGUUUAUUAGCCGUUUUCGUCGUAUCAUGGACUCCUCUCAGAAUGCUUACAACGAAGACACAUCGAUGCUGGUGGCUCGGCUGGAUGAACUAGAGCGAGCCUUGUUUCGAGCUGGCCAGAAAGGGCUGAAUGACUUCCAGUGCUGGGAAAAGGGACAAGCUUCACAAAUCACAGUUUCCAGUCUGGUCCAGAAUUAUGGAAAAAGGAAGUUUACGGAUAUGGAUGGUUGAAACCCUGAAGAACACGCAGCUGCAGUGAGAGACACUGAGAGGUUUACAGUCUGUCUGUCACAGCAAAGAAACAUGAGUCAGCUUUGGGAAAGGACGGACUCCUUGUCCAUUAAUGGGAAUUCUUCUCUCUAAUGUCUUCGUAUUAGUCUAGUGUGAAUUUGAAAGGCAGACAGCAAGAAUAUAAAAAAUAGAUUGCAUCACAUCACCUGAUGGCUUUACAGCUUACUCAUACCACUCCUGAGGAUUUGCAGCUCUAGUGUUUGUUAAGAGGCUGAAAGGAUAUGAGAUGACUUUCUAAAAGGGUAAUUGAUAUUUAUUAUUCUUUAUCCUCCAAAUUGAUAUUUACAGUGUCAGAUCUGUUUGGAAAAACGUGUAAUUCUGUGUAUUUCUUCCUUCCCAUUCCAUCCUCCUAGGAACACAGUUUCCAGCUUUCCCAUUCCUUGGAGAGCCCCAGUGAUGUAAAAAACACGUGGUAAGAACCACACAGGAGUUUUUCCCAUGUCUUGUACAUUGAGUUCUAACAGGUGCUCUCCAUGAGGCAGGGAUUCUUAUCGCUGGGUUUUGUACACAGUGCCUCAGAGAACAGAGUACUCUGAGCACUUUGUUACCCACCCAGCAAGGGCAGUGGCUGUGCAGGUCUCAUAUGCUCCCUUUCAGCCCCUGCGGGCUCCAUGCCACGACUGGUGGGGGAUGUUCUUCUAAAAGAGGACAGGCUGGAUUAAAAGCAGCAACUUAAUGGAAACUGCCCUCCAUUAUCAGCCUCGGAUCCAUCUGUUUUUCCAUGAGAAAAUCUGAUUGCUGAAUCUAGUUGUUAGUGAAAGGACGGAGCGAGUGAGUUGAGUUUCCUUCUUUCUGGUCUGUCUGUAAAAUGAGCCUAGUAAAUGUCAUUGCUGCAAGUAGGAGCAACUGCAGCUGGAAUUUGCUAAACAGCCCAGUGGUUACCAUCCUGCAUGCAUGUCCUCAAACCUCACAUGAAGUCACAUUUUUAUGGGUACUUCUAAGCAUUUCUAGAAGGUGGCCUUUGGAGGAACCAGAUCAUACUGGUACAGAGUGCUCCCUGCUCCGGGAAUCACUGGGAGGUGGCGGCAGUCCUGACACAAAACCUUCAGGAUUUGAUGUGCCAGGUCUUGCAGGAGUUGUUUCUGUACUUGCAUAUGUGCCUGGGUAUCAGAUAUUUCAAACUGGAGAUCUCAAACACAGUGUGUGGUCGUUCUGUGGGCCAGAGGAGUGAGAGCUCUGCCUGUGGAGGCUGCAAGAGGAGAUCUGGGCUUCACAAGCACCUGGGCACCUGCCUGAGCAGCGCAGGGCUGGCUGUCCUGCUGCAGGAGGCUGACUGGAGGCUGUGCCUGACAGAGUACAUCAAAUAUGGGCAAGAAUGUUCCUGCAAUUAAUGGCACGAAGUAGCUUAGACAUUUUAUUGUAUCACUUGUGUAUUUUCUACUUCUGGAUUAUUAUGCUGAAUAAAUAUUUUUAUACAUUUUUCUUCAUGUAAA